GAUGGAUAGUAAAGUUGUUGUAAAACUAGCAUGAGUGAUAAGUUGGACAAAUGUAAUACUAAUCUAGCAAAGAGAAAUAAACGUAUUUUUAUGAAUAAUCCAUUGUGAAAGGGUCCUUCUGUAGUAACGCCGCGGGUAGACAAACAAAAAAUAAAUUUUAGAGGGAAUACAGCCCCCGGCGAGGAUCGAACUCGCGGCCUUUCGCUUACGAAGCGAACGCAAUACCACUAUGCUACGGAGGCGUUUUUGAUUAUUGAUUUUAUUAUGGUUCUAUUUAUUUGGUGUGUAGUAAUUAAUAAGCUUUUCUUCAGAAGAAAAUUAACUAUCAAGCUGAUGAAAACGCAAGUAUAUUGGACCUUAUCACCUUACAUUGUCACAUGAGUGGGCCUAAAUUUAAGUUAUGAUUAUGGGUGUUCUCCUAAAUCGUUAUUUGCAUGACUUCACAUUUUAUGGGCGUUAACUCAAAUAGUCGCAAUGGGCCUUAACUCAAAUAGUCGCAAUGGGCCUUUUUUCCAAAGCAUGUUUCACCCCAAAUAUGUAGUGGAAUUUUCAUUUCUCAAUUGUCUAUAUAUUAUCAAACCAAGUGAACUCCGAAUCAGAAUCAAAAUGGAGAAGAAUCAGUUUCUUUGGUAGACACAGUAGAGAGCUGGCAGAAAGUAGAAACCAACUGACCUGUCGAUUUCAAUGUGAAUGAAAUGAUGAAACAUCUGAGAACUAAUAAUAGCCGUCGAUUUAAACAUCAAUUAAUCUUAAUUAAUUCAACCAAUAAAAACAAAAUAUUAUAUAAUUGAUUACAAAUAUCAAACGGUAUUUGAAUUUUUUUUUAUCAAAAGUAACAUCAAUUAUAAUACAUCAAAAAUAUUUUUUUUAACAUCAAAAACAUCAAAUAAAUGAAAGAGGGAAAUAAUAUAUUACAAAACUCUUUUCAAUUAAAUAAAAAAUAAAAGAAAUGUAAGAAAAUGAAAAGAAUUUAAGACUAAAUUAUUUUAAAAUAUUGAUUGGGAAAAGGAGAAAAAAAAUCCAGUGGGAUUCAUUUAGAGUACGGAUCCAAAUCAUAUCUCAUAGGAAACCCAUGCAGGAACAGUACAUUUUCAGCUCUUAAAUGCUGACUUUGUCUGACACAUGAUCUGCUCAGUAAUUACGUGGCGGAACACUUAAAACAAUCGGACGGUUAUAGUAUCUUCUUCACUACACACCAUUCGAUUGAGAGGGUGAAGGAUAUAUAGAUAGAAUUAAGCGUUUAGUCAUUUCGUGUGUGUGACAUUUAUAAAAAUCGAUCGAGAGCAAGGAGACAGCUUCGGAUUAUCCGUCUUUUCUUUUCAGAAUGUGCAAACUUUGAGAAAAAUAUUGUAGUUCAAAACAGGAGAGAGCUUGGUUUUAUUUCCCUGCUGCUUUCGAAGAGAGACCACAAGAUGUGGAACUGAGAUUUUUCUUUCUCUCUUUACAACCUCCUCUUGAGUGUUUCUUCUUCACACCUCUUUUUUUUUUAGUGGUGAAGAAAGGAGACAGGGUGAAUCGUAAAAUGGAAGAUGUGAGACGUGGAGGAGUAACCAAUCGAUUUUCCAAUAAAAUAUCUCUAGGAAAGUCAAAGAAAGGAAUGUUUAAGAAACUGGGUUUAUCUGAUGCUGAGAAGAUGAUGCGUUACAAGUGUCCUUCUUCCGAUUUAGAAACUGACGUCUCUUCUAAGAAGAAGAUGAAGAAGUCUAACCUUCCCAGAAAGGACACUAAUGGUGUGGAUCAUCAUGCCUCUGUACCAAGGAAGCUUCGUUCAGCCAUGAAGAAGAGGAAUCUUGAAUAUGUUAAGAAGAAAAAUCAAGAAAUGGAUGCAAAAGCUAAUGUUCCUGAGUCCAUUUCAAAAGAUGAGAAAGAAGUUGCGGAGACGCUAUACGGUUUAGCUGAUAUGUUUACUGACACUAACUCCAUUGAUAGUGAUCCUUUCUUAUCUGAUGGCAAAGAAACCAGCAAAGUUGACUCAAUCUUGGUUGUGGAAACUGCAUCACUUGAACCUGCGGCUUCAUUUCUCUCUUCAGCCAAACCUAAGCAGAUUGAUGAGGAGCCGUUACAGCAGCAAGAUCCUAACCAAGGCAGCUUAACAGGACUGAAGCAAAACAGCUCAGUGAAUGUGAGUGAUGCAGCGUUAAGCACAAGAGCCUUCGAAACAAAGGUUGCAACAAGUGAUAUCGACUAUAAGAGCAACGGUCUUGCGCUGUGGCCUGGGCUAUCUUCAACCACUCAAUCCAGCUCCCACGUUCUUUCAGAGCCAUCUUCUACAAAGCUUCCACAUUGGAUGAUGGGUCAAGCUGUUUCCCCUACCAAGAAUGCUUCACUCUUGAGCGAACCGUUAAGAGUCCGUACGAGAAAAUUUAAAAAAUGUGCCUCCCACAUUUAUAUUUGUCGGCUCAUCAAAGCGUUACAGACCAGUAAGAGUAGUCCCGUGGCACUUCUUAACCAAACCGAAGAAAGAUCUUUAAAAACGUCAUCUAAGAGGUAUCAAAAUCCACAUCUGCUCGAUUUAGGCAAGAAACAUAAUCCAAAACUUGUGCAAGAAAACAUGACUCAGCUUGGUCUCGAGCUUUAUGCACCACACACUACACAAAAACAGGACUACGACUUCCUGUCUCUCUCAUCACAACCUCAUUUCCCAUUCCCAAACUCGUUUCCACAGUAUCCAAUCUCUGGAGCUUACAAUAACCAACUCUCACCUGCGCCUUCUAGCCAUCAGAUGCAGCAAAUGUCUCCUUAUCUAGCUAGUCGAUUCCAAACCGCUUACAACGCAAACCAGCAGCAGCAGCUACAGCUUCAGAAAAGGCUCUGGGCUAAUCAGUUCAGACAACCAACAAGUAGAAACUCUAUGCCGCCAUUAUCAAACCAACACAGUAAAUCAAGCCUCUCCUUAAACAUGACUAGUAUUCAACCUCUACACGUUGCUUCCUCCCCAAGGUACAGCAACAAUAUAUCUCAACAGCAAUAUCGUCUCAUGGCUGCUUCUGCAGCAGCAAUGUCAAUGAGCCAUCGCCAUAACAAUAAUCCUUCACGAACGGUGAUGAACAGACAAGCAGUCGUGAAGAUGUUCUGAUUUAUAGUUAAAAACAGAGUUCUGUUUCUAUCUUUGCCGGAAUUUGAGAUGGUGUUUUUUUUACUCAGGUGAUGAAAAUAGGAUGAACUAGGAUUGUCAGAGAGAGAUGACUGAACCCUACUUGUUUGAGAAAACUCUUUAAUGUCUCUUUGUGUAAAUGAUCAACGUGUUCUGAAAAGGAUAAAGUUCCAAGUAGAUUUUUAAAGGAUCUU